AUGGUGCUGAAGGCUGUGUGCGUGCUGAAAGGAGAUGGGGAGGUCGGCGGGACCGUGUUCUUUGAGCAGGAGAAUGACUCAGCGCCUGUGACAGUGACGGGAGAAAUCAAAGGACUUCAGCCCGGUGACCACGGCUUCCACGUCCAUGCCUUUGGAGACAAUACAAACGGGUGCAUCAGUGCAGGCCCUCACUUCAAUCCCCACAACAAGAAUCAUGCUGGUCCUACUGAUGCAGAGAGGCAUGUUGGAGACCUGGGCAACGUGACUGCAGGGGCAGAUAAUGUUGCCAAGAUCAGCAUCACAGACAGCAUGAUCACUCUCACCGGCCCCAUUUCCAUCAUUGGAAGAACCAUGGUGAUCCACGAGAAGGCUGACGAUCUGGGAAAAGGAGGCAAUGAGGAGAGUCUAAAGACUGGCAACGCUGGUAGCCGCCUGGCCUGUGGAGUCAUUGGUAUUGCGCAGUAA